AUGUCUUACGGCGGAGGUUACGGAUCGCGCGGCGGCGGUGGCCGCGGCGGUGGCUAUGGCGGCGGAUAUGGUGAUCGCGAUCGUGGUGGCUACUCGAAUGGUGGCUCGAACGGCUAUUCCAACGGUGGUGGUUUCGGAGGCGGCUACGGCGGCGGCGGUGGAGGCGAUCGCAUGUCUGCCCUAGGAUCCGGCUUGCAAACCCAGAAUUGGAACCUCGAUGAGCUCCCAAAGUUCGAGAAGUCAUUCUACAAGGAGGAUGCCAAGGUUGCUACCCGCUCUCAGGCCGAAGUCGACAAAUUCCGACGCGACCAUGCUAUCACCAUUGCCGGUUCAAAUGUCCCCAAGCCUGUCGAGACAUUCGACGAGGCUGGUUUCCCCCGAUAUGUCAUGGACGAGGUGAAGGCCCAGGGAUUCCCUGCCCCUACCGCCAUUCAAUCUCAGGGUUGGCCCAUGGCUCUUUCUGGACGCGACGUUGUUGGUAUUGCCGAGACCGGUUCCGGAAAGACGCUCACCUACUGUCUGCCUGCUAUUGUCCACAUCAACGCUCAGCCGCUCCUGGCUCCUGGUGAUGGCCCCAUUGUCCUUGUUCUUGCCCCGACUCGAGAGUUGGCCGUUCAGAUUCAACAGGAGAUUACCAAGUUUGGAAAGUCUUCUCGCAUUCGCAAUACUUGUGUCUACGGAGGUGUCCCCAAGGGCCCUCAGAUUCGUGACCUGUCUCGCGGUGUAGAAGUCUGCAUUGCCACCCCUGGUCGUCUCAUUGACAUGCUUGAGGCCGGCAAGACUAACCUUCGCCGUGUCACCUACCUUGUUCUCGACGAAGCCGACAGGAUGUUGGACAUGGGUUUCGAGCCCCAAAUCCGCAAGAUCAUCGGGCAGAUCCGACCCGACCGACAGACCCUCAUGUGGUCCGCAACAUGGCCCAAGGAGGUGCGCAAUCUUGCCUCCGAUUUCCUCAACGAUUUCAUCCAGGUGAACAUCGGAUCUAUGGAUCUGUCCGCGAACCAUCGUAUCACCCAGAUAGUCGAGGUUGUUUCCGAGGGAGAGAAGCGCGAGCGAAUGAUCAAACACAUGGAGAAGAUCAUGGACGAUAAGGCCAACAAGAUCCUCAUCUUCACUGGUACAAAGCGUGUUGCUGACGAGAUCACUCGCUUCCUGCGUCAGGACGGCUGGCCCGCACUUUCCAUCCACGGCGAUAAGCAGCAGAACGAGCGUGACUGGGUCUUAGAUCAGUUCAAGACAGGAAAGAGCCCCAUCAUGGUUGCUACUGAUGUAGCCUCCCGUGGUAUCGAUGUGCGCAAUAUUACUCAUGUGCUCAACUAUGACUACCCGAACAACUCUGAGGAUUAUAUCCAUCGUAUCGGUCGUACUGGUCGUGCUGGCGCCAAGGGAACUGCCAUCACCUUCUUCACUACUGACAACUCGAAGCAGGCCCGGGAUCUUGUCAAUGUCCUUCAGGAAGCCAAGCAGCAAAUUGACCCGAGACUUGCCGAGAUGGUUCGAUAUAGCGGCGGUGGCGGUCAUGGUCGCUUUGGUGGUGGUGGUUACCGCGGUCGCGGAGGCGGCUAUAGAGGAGGCGCCAACGCCCUGCCACUGAACAACCGCCGUUGGUAA